AUGUACUAGCUUUAUUUUGGAAUUACACUAAUGCUAAGAACACAUAAUUAAAAUAUAGAAUGGGUCACAAAAAGCGUAUUUAUAGGUUGAGAUCUAUUCUUAUUGUAGACUCCUCCAUAACUUGGUUUAAUCCAAACCUUCAAUUCAUUUUCUGUAAACCAUUUUGUGAUCUAUUCGGUAAACCAUUUUGUGAUCUAUUCUGUGUUCCUAGCAUUGUUGGGUAAACUUUGAUAUUUAAGCCAUUUGAUUGAAUUUCCAUGUUGGUGCAUAGACCUUAUUUUAGUUCCAUCUCUACCCCUUCUAAAUUCUGGUGAUAAAUAACAGAACUCUCUCUGCAGAUACCCAUUAAUUUUAUCCUAUGUUUAUCAGCUUGUGUUCAAAAUCAAGUUAGCACCAUAAUGGGCUGAUAUAUAGGAAAAAGUUUUACUCCAACCUUUUCCUGAUUAAUUGACCUCUUUGUAGAAUAAGUAAUGUUAUACAUAAACAGAAUUCUUACUAGACUUUUCAAUAGGUACAAAGGUAGUAAGAAAAUCUUAUAAGAUAUUUCAUAUAUGUAUUACAUUUUCUUUGUAGAAUAUGUAUGGAUUCAGUGACCAAAAAGUUCACUGGAAAUAGCAUUUUCUGGCAAAGAUUAUCAUGUAUUGCAAUAUUGAACUAACAGGAAUUGCAAGAGAAAGGCUAAUGAGGAAGCUUCAAGAAAGUGUAUUAAUAGGGAUUAAAAUAUUGAGAGAGAGAGAGAGACAGAGGCUGAAAAUUAUGAUUGCUGUUGUUGUAUUAUUUAGUACAAUCUCAUGCAGAUUCGUCUGUUACUUUGAAUAUUUGCAUUUUGUUUUAGAAACCACGGGUUUCCAAUUUUUUAGGCACCCAAGUUCAGCUAUUCAUCAAUGGAGGAAGAAUCAUCGUCAAAGUCCCGAUCAUGCUGCUCAUCCUUGAUCGACAACUCCCAUACGAUCAAGAUGGUACCACUACCCGAUCUUUUAAAUCCCAACUUGCUCAACUGCGAGCAAAACCUUCUUCAACUCAAGUUCAACCUUGUUGAUCAGAAGAAUCGAAUCAACGAGUCACAACCACAAGUCCCAUUCCCUAUAAUUCCAGAACUCCAACUGGAUGAUCCACUCGAGUUGGGAAGCCGAGAACUCAUGGACCCCACCUUUCUGGAUGUGUUUGGGAAUGUCGAUGCUUCUGACAUUGGUGACAUGGCACAGCUUCCUCUCGUGUUGCCAUGUGGUGGAAGGGAAGAAAAUGAAAACCCUGCGACCCCGGAUAGCUUCUUCAAUGACUUCCCAGCAGAUAUAUUUGAUCAUAUGGAGCCACUGCCUAGCCCAUCAGAGUGGUGAUGUGUUUUGUGGAUCACAAAGGUUGUUUCAACUAUUCUGUUCUAGUGUUCUUAGCUACUAAUUAGACAAAUUGUUAUUGUUUUUAAGACUUUUUUUUGGAUCUAAAGUUGAUUGUAUGCCUAUUCUAUCUCUGAUAAACUAUAGUGUAAGAUUGUUGCCUCAUGGAUUGGCAUAUGAAAUAGUUCACUGUAAAUUUCAACCAUGACAUUCUCAUAUCAACAAAUUGGUCACAAAGCA